AUGGUUAUAAAUAUUUCUGUUGAAGAUAUGAAGUUUUCUAAUGGAUGGUUAAGUAGAUUUAAGCAAAAAAAUAAUUUAAAGGUGCAUAAAAUUUAUAAAGAAGCCAAUACUGCACUAAUUGAAUUAUUACCAAACAUGCAAAAUGAAUUAAGAACUCUAAUUGCAAG